AUGAUAGAAAGGGCCAUCCGUGAGCUGAAUGAGAAACGGGGCUCCAAUGAGGACGCCAUAUCACGUUUUCUGGUUAAGGAGUAUGAUAAUCUACCAUGGGCUCACCCAGCAGUAUUGAAACACCAUCUGGGAACCCUCUGCAGAUCUGGUGAUAUUGUCUGUACAAAUAAAAAACGAUACCGGCUCCCCGGCCAAACCGAAGUUCCCAUUAUAAAUUCCCAGAGUACGAAAAAAGUCGAGCGAAAGCCACCGAGGAGUAAAAAGCGGUUGAAAUGGGACUGGGAGAGAGUGAAAAAGAAGAGGUUGAAUAGAAAGCCAGCGCUCAAGCUGAAAAUCAAUUUGAGGGGUAAAAAAAUCGAAGCAAUCGCCGAAAGUCAAGAACACAACGAGAAAGAAGAGCGAGUAACUGAAGAAAAUGUUGGAAAUGUGGCUUCCAUUCCUGACGUGGACUUGAAUUCUCAGCAGCAAACUGUGGUGGGCCCACCUGAAAUUAUCGAGCCUGGUGCCAGCUGUACACCCACACAUGAGCAUCCUGGUUUGCAUAAACCCGUUGACUUGAAUUAUCGACAACAAACUGAGAAAAACUUCAAUUCUCAGCAGCAAGGAAUUAGGUCGUCUGAAAUUAUGGGGUCAGAUGGUCAUCAGCCCGAAUUGGAGAAACCUAGUGACUUGAAUUCUCGGCAAAAAACUGACAAAAACUUCGAUUCUCAGCAGCACAGAAUUGGCCAGCUCGAAAUAAUAGGGCCUGAUGCCAGCUCAGCAUGCACAGACGUGCAGCCUGAGUUACAAAACCCUGAGGAUUCGAAUUCUCAGCAGCAAGCAAUUGGCAUGCCGGAAAUUACAGACCCUUCUGCUUCUGAUGCAGCCCGAUUGGAGAAUAUGUCUGAUUUGGGCCUUGCACGGGCGGGCCCAAUGUCUUCCGAGGAACUACUAAUCUCCGAUCGCGCGCGUAGACAGCAAAGACGUUGGAGUAUGUGCCAACGCGAAAGAAAAUCCUUAGUAGUGAUGACUUCUAUGGAACUCGUGACCUGUCAAAAUGAAGAGGAAAACUUUUCGCUGGACUCGAGUCAGUUAAGCAUGCAAAAGGAUCAUGAAAGCAAAGUGAAGUCAAACGGAGAAAAUGGCAGCUCAGCACUCACAGAUGAGCAGCCCGAAUUGCAGAAACCAGAGGACUUGAAUUCUCAGCAGCUAGCAAUUGGGCCGCCUGAAAUUACAGAGCCCGAAGCCACCGUUUGCAUGCAGUCCAAACACAUCAGGCCUGAUAUUCGGGACCCUCUGGGCCCAGAACCAGCCCGAUUCGAGUACCCUACUAAUUUGGGCCCAGUGCUGGCGGAUUCUAUAGCGUCCGAGGAAUUAGUUGACUCCGAGCGCGCGCGCAGACAGCAAAGACGUUGGAAUAUGAGUCGGCCCCCCAAAAAAGCCACUUUUACGGAAUUAGCGAUUUCACAAAAUCCAGACGAAAAUCAUUCGCUCAGUUCAAAUCUUGUAAGUAUGUUGGAGCAAAAGGAUCAUGAAAAUAACGUGAAGUCGAACAGAGGCGAGAAAAACAGUCGGAAAAGGAAAAGGAAGCCUGGGCAACCGAAAUCCAUAGAGACACAAUGCGAUUUGCUCACUUUACCCAUUUCGACAAAUCAGGAGGCGCCAGCUCAGCAGGAGGCGGUUUUCCAAAAGGAGCCGCGCAGGAGUCUAAGGCUCCGUUUGGCGCAACCUGAAGUCAAUUACGAGGCAAAUGUUGUGCUCGCACUGCCGUCACAGGAUUUGGGGGAAAAAGUCGAAGAAGGGCUAUUUGAGCCAUUAAAUAAAAUGCCCGUUAAUGGGUUAGAUGAGGAGACGAUAUUGAUGAGUUUAACUGAUAAAACUUUAACUUCUGCAGUGAGCUCGAUUAACUGCACGGGUCUCGGUGGAGUUCCUAAGCAUCGGGGCCGGGGGAGACUGACUAGGCUCAAUGCUGGCUUAACCCAAGCAGCUUGA